AUGAUGAAGCUGAUCGCCACCCUUCUCGUCUUUGCCAUGCUCCUCCAAUUUGUCGAGCCAAUAACCCGAGGCAUGUCGAGAAGGGCACCUCCAAUGGCGCGACGCAUGCCAGUUACUAACGACGCGUCUGCCAAUUUUACGCUCCAAGCGAAGAAAAACGAGAACGGGACAGUUUCGUUGGUAAUUAAUUGGGAAUCUCCAAAUAAUCAUUCCAUUACAGGCUAUAAAAUCUUCUUUUCUAAAGUGCCUGAUUCGCGAAACGAUGAUUCCGCGGAAUGGGAAGCGGUGGAAGCAUUGACCCAUAAAGAACGUUAUUCUUAUCUACUUGAUCCAUAUGGCUACCCUUCAAUUGCUUCAUUUGCCGUAGAAUCAUUUGUGCUUCAAUUCAAAGCGACUAUUUAUUUAAAUCAAGCCGAAGGGCCGACAACUCCAUUAGUUUUCCUAGGAGCUCGAGAAAAUCCGAAUGAACGAAUAAUUUCUAUCACUGGACAUACAUUCCUUGAAAAUGGGACGGUUGGAUUGAAAUAUUCCACAAAUUCUCGGCUUCCAGAGCCCUUACUUCUCUAUUACAAACCGAUAAUCAAUAAUAAAACAGCAGCGGAAUGGCGGCAAACCGAACAAACUGUACAGGAGAUGGACCAAAUUCGGGUCAGCCUUCAUUCUAAUGCUACUUAUGCCCUACAACUCAGAAACAAAUAUAAUCAUACUUCAGCUCAAUACACUUUACGAGUCCCAAUCCCAGCCCGUAUCCCGUCAAUCAGCAUCCAAGAAGGAGAUUAUUUGAUUUUCGAUCCUGACCCGACUUUACCCAUUUCUUUAUCAUGCACUGCACACGAUCCACCACCAAUUAAUAUUACCUGGUUGGUCAAUGGGGUCCAGCUACCGGUCGACCAUUCCUUUUAUACGAUCAAUACGGUACUUGGAGAUAUUGAAGGAACAUCGACGAUAUCGGCUAAAGCCAGGACCCGAUCUGACCAAGUUACUUGCGUAGCGACUGGUGCCGGCGGUGGAAUAGCCAGAGCCAGUUCCCAUAUUGAUAUCCGAGGGCCUGGAAGCCCGCCAAGCAUGAUCACUCUCAAAUCGGAGAAGCCAGGGUGGUUUAUCAUUGAAUGGCAUCCACCGAAUCACCCAAAUGGCGCGAUUUUGGCUUAUGUACUCUACUACUCAACAAAUCGUGAACUUCCAUUGAGCGAUUGGCAGAAACUGGAAUUAUCGGCAGAAACAACAACCGCAAAAGUGAAUGCAGAAGGUGGCGAAUUCUUCAUAAGAUUACAAGCCGUAUCCUCGGCUGGUGCGGGGCUGAUCUCAUCGCCAUUAGCGGCGCAAAGAGAUGGUUCACCGUUAUUUGUGAAACUCCAUUGGGAAGGCGGAAAUGUUGUGGAGCCACACACGUUGUACUAUGCGGAAUGUCGUGCUCGCGGCCGCCCACAACCACAUCUUCAAUAUGCAAUUACAAAUGCGGCAAACUCAACGGAUAUAGCGCAAGACGUUUGGAUCCCAAUUAAGGGCAAAAUUGAUGGCGAUUACCUCAGCGCUGAAAUACCGUUUAUAAUCCAAAGCUCAAAGAAUCUCUAUUGUCGCGCCAAUAAUCCGACCGGAUCAAAUGUUUCUUCCCUAACAUUCAAUGUCCAAAAGCCUGGCGAUGCCCCGCGUAAUUUCCAGAUCAAGAAGGCUGGGGCGUUAGAUUAUCGUGCUUACUGGGAUCCACCAUUUUUCGAAAAUCUUCCAUUAACGAAGUACGAGAUAUCAAUUUGCCAAGAUGAAGCCACUGGUGAUGGGAGCUGUAAACUUUUCGAAAAGAAGGCUGAUAUCAAAAACACAACUUUCCGGAUACCGAUCAUUGACCUCGAGCCAUCUCUGAAAUAUCUGGUACGAAUCCGUGCCGUAAAUGCGGCUGGAAAGGGCAUGGCAUCGGACCCAAUAUCAUUUGAAACACCAAAUGGAGGUCCUGAAAAGGCACCGGACCGUGUGGCUGUCUCUUUGAAUGAGGCAAAUGUUGCUGUGCUUUCCUGGGUACAGCCCAAUACAACGAUGCCGAUUACGGGCUUUCAAAUAUUCUUCACCAGAGAUCCGACGACAGUGAAUGCUGAGUUUGAAGACUGGCAGUCGAUAGACGUCGGGCCGGCGGUUCGGAAAUAUCAAUUGGAUUCUCAUGCGGGUCUCAAGCCCAAAACCGUAUACCGCGCUCGUGUGGCCGCCGUCAAUAGUAUUGCUGUAGGACCCGGCAGCAAAGUUGUAGAAUUUGAGACUGCCCAUAAUGAAUUGCCUAUCGCCACGGAUGUAAGUAUCGAAUUAAAUGCAAGGAAUGAUGCGAUCGUCACAUUUACCGCCGUUCGCGAUCCGCAGGACCACUCAAAAAUAUUAGAAAAUUACCAUGUGGAGCUCUCUAAAACCGAGGAUAUUCUAAAUGCUAUAUGGAUUAGCGCAAAGAAAGACAGAAUGAAAACAACCGUGGAUCUGGUUACCGGAAAAAUUUUAAUCAACAUUGAUGGGUCGACUCUGGAGCCUAAUUCUAAGUAUUGGAUAAGAGUGCGAGCGCUAAUCCCACGGACAUCCGGUCAGAUGAGGGGUACCUCAAAGCCAUUGAUUUUCACAACAGGGCCUGGGCAAGACGAUUCGACCAAAGAAACAAGUGAA